GUAAGUUUUAUAGUUUGGCAAUCCUAUUAGAACACAAAGAAAACAAAAACGAAGUGUAGCUAAAAGAAAUACUAUUUGUUUUUACAAUUUUUAAUAUAAUUGACUCAGAUAUACUUACAUUGAAUAAAUUAUGGAUUGUGAUGAAAUGCAAGUCAUAGAGGAGCCAAAUCUUUCAGAACGCAAAGAGACGGGCAAAAGGGGACGUAAGCCAGGACGUAAAGCUUCAACGGAAAAAGUGGAUAUAAGGGCCAAAUUAGAGCGUAGUCGUCAAAGUGCACGGGAAUGUCGAGCACGUAAGAAAUUACGUUACCAGUAUUUGGAAGAACUAGUCGCCGAUCGAGAAAAGGCUGUAUUGGCUUUGCGUGAAGAACUGGAGCGAUACAAAAAAUGGAGCACAGAACUUAGUGAAGGUAACAUACCAGAUGGCUUUCAGCAAUUGCUGGAAGAAGCAGGCGUGCUAAAACAAGAACAAGUGAUGUGAAACUAAAUACCUCGAUACCUAGUUUUUAACUGUUUUUUAUUAAUUAUAAAGAUAAAUUUUAAGUUUUUCAUUACUAUAUAAGAGUAGUAAGGUGUCAUACAUUAUUUUUAUUGAAUUAAAAACUGUUUAAAAAAACGAAA